AACACGCGGCCAAGGAAAGUUUUGCUAAUCUGUUCACUCUUUAUUCGCCUGAAAAGAAAAGAGUCGCGGAAUUUAUCUCCCGACAGGCCUGCGUGAACGCUGCCCACCGCCCCAUGCCUCUGUGUGCGGGGACAGGACACAGUUAGCCGGGGGAGUCGAAGAGGAAAGCAGCUAGCGGUUCUGUCCAACAUGGAGGAUGAAGAGGUUGCAGAGAGCUGGGAAGAGGCGGCGGACAGCGGGGAAAUAGAGAGAAGAUUUGAGGCUAAGCUGAAAAUAAAUCAGGAGGCAAAGAAAUCCAGCUUGAGUUCAGGUGGGUCACCUGUGCGAACGGCUAUCGUAAUCCAGGACGACUCUCUUCCUGCAGCACCACCACCACAAAUCAGAAUUUUAAAGCGUCCUACGAAUAACGGUACCGCAGGAAACCCUGCAUCCUCAUCCCGUCCCUCUCAGCAGAUGAAGUCUUUGGCGCAGCGGGAGGCAGAGUAUGCAGAAGCCCGAAAAAGGAUUUUGGGUAGUGCUUCUUCAGAUGAUACGCCUCAGGACAAUCCAUGCCAGGACAGGCCAGUUCGUGUGAGUGCACAGCAACCAUCAGAACCAGCACGUCCAAACAAUCAUGUGAUCCGCCAGCCCACUGGCCCAGACGGCACCUCAGGCUUCCGACUCUGCAGAUAAACAGGGGCUGCUGCUGCAAGGAAUAGGCUCCUCAGAGGGCAUGAGGGGUGGCAGUUACUGGGGUUGUGUGUGGUGUGAAGAGCAGAGUGGUGGGACAAUACUAAAUUUGACAGACAUUAGAAAUAUGAAGAUGCACCGUCAGACGAACUACUCCACCCUCUCUCUACUCUGCUUACUGGCAUGGUCUUUGCCUUUCGCCUUGUCUUCUCCCCCUGUGGAACAACGCAAGGGGCUGGCAGAGGUCAGCCAAAGAUCCAAAACCCCUUCUGUUCCACACUGUGAACAGGCUUUUGCCUCACGUCCCUACACACUGUGAUACUUUGACGUACCAUGAGGUGCCCUAUGAUUCUUACUCUCAUUGGCCGGCCGAGUGCCAGGGCAUCAGGUGUCUGUCCCUUCAGGGAGAGUAAGGAGAGCUUUUGAAUCUGUGGGAUGCCCCCGGAGACGUGCAAACGAGCGAGCUGGCCUUUCCAUUAAAUGAAUUGGUGGGAAGUGGAGUUAGUCAUGGCUGUGUGUCCACCGGGAAGCUGGGUUCAGUGGAAAUAAAGUUCUUGACAGUGCCGAGAGUUAACUAUGGGUUCAGCAGCUUGAGUUUAAGGUGAUAGAAGGCCAUGCUGAUACAGUGCUUUCAGUAAAAGUGCAUUGUGCUCAGAAGUGUGUUUUAAUUCUGUAGUUGCAUUGCAAUGGGAGCAGCCCAGCCCAGCACUUUCCACAGUCCAGAGGCCUCUGUUUGGCACUGGUGGCUUUUAAAGAAAUGUCCGGUGGGCACACAGCCUGUGGCCAAAGAUUAUAGAUUGAGAGGACAGAGUGUCACUAAAUCUAAGCUUAUUCAAGCAAUAAUAAUGAAAUUACUCCCUGUUUUUGUUUUUUACAUAUUAUGUAAUUAUCUGUGUUUUCUUUUAUUUGAAACAUUGUUUUCUUAAGUUUGUGGGGUUUUUUAGUUUCUGAGACAUGUUUAAGUCAGAAGAUCGGUAGUUUAAAGUGAGUAGUUGCUGUAGCCUGCAUAGACAACUUAAUUGAUAGUGUCACAUUAAAUUUUUAUGAAAAUAGGAAAGGUCUGACCUAUUCAUGAAUUGAAAAUCUGAAGUGCAUAGUGAUGCAUUAAUGUCCCUGCUUGUGUUGCCUGGCUUAGCGUAGCUAAGGUGGAACUUCUCUCAUAGCCAACGG